GUUUGAUACCUACGCCUUUUCAGCUAGAAAAAUGGAACUACUAUUUUAGAAAUGUUCACCAUGGAUGUUCAAUGUGUUUCGUUUUCUGUUUAUCCCGGUUAGUUUUUUAGGCCGGGGUGUAAAGUUACUUACAGUAUAUUUAAUAGAAUUGGUGUCAUUAUUUUUACUUGACUAGUCCGAGAGAAAAUAAACAUAAAGUUGAGUGUGAAGUUAUCAUGGCGGACCCACUCAGUUUACUUCGUCAGUAUAACGUAAAUAAAAGAGAAAUAAUUGAACGCGAUAACCAAAUAAUAUUCGGUGAAUUCUCUUGGCCAAAAAAUGUUAAGACAAACUAUCUUAUUUGGAGAUCUGGAAAGGAAGGCAGCGUUAAAGAGUAUUACACCUUGGAAUGCCUUCUUUUUAUUCUCAAGAACAUUCACCUGACUCAUCCAGUAUAUGUCAGGCAGGCUGCUGCUGCAAAUAUACCACCUGUGCGUCGUCCAGAUCGUAAAGAGCUAUUAGCAUAUCUAAAUGGAGAGACUGCUACUUGUGCCUCUAUUGAUAAAAGUGCACCCCUUGAAAUUCCGACUCAAGUGAAACGCACACUUGAUAAUGAUGGAGGAGAAUCUGCUGCAAAAAAACCUCGAAUUGAGGAAACUCAUGUUCAGAAGGUCCGAGAACAACUGGCAGCCAGGCUUGAUGCCCCUAAGGAAGCUUCAGUCACAGUGGACAAUAUCAAAUCCCUUUCUGAAGCUAUGUCUGUAGAAAAAAUUGCAGCAAUCAAAGCAAAACGAUUAGCUAAGAAAAGAACCACAAUCAAAAGCAAUGACUAUUCUGAUACAUUGGGUGUAGUCGGUUCAGACUUAAGAGCCAUUCUUGACUAUGAUGUGGAUCUUACUAAAGAUAUCAUCAGCCGAGAAAGGCAGUGGCGGACAAGAACAACAGUAUUACAAAGUAAUGGGAAAAUGUUUGCUAAAAGCAUAUUAGCUCAUUUGGCGAGCAUCAAAGCUAGAGAAGAAGGUAGACCUGGGAUUCCGAGAGCACAACCUGUUAUUUUGCAACAGCCUACUGUAUUACCUGCACAACAGACACAGUAUAACAGAUACGAUCAGGAAAGAUUUAUACGUCAAAAGGAAGAAACGGAAGGCUUCAAGAUUGAUACCAUGGGUACCUAUCAUGGUAUGACAUUGAAAUCAGUAACAGAAGGACCAAGUGUACCUGUAGCAGCUCGAGCCCCUCAAACGCCCAAUCAUCCAAGACAAAUGCCACAAAACGGUGCUGUUAUGCCUGGCACGCCUGGUCGCAGGGAGCUGCUGCCGGUGGCCGCAGCCCGACUUCCCGCAGGAGGAAAGCGGCCCUCACGCACUCCCAUCAUUAUCAUUCCCGCCGCAGCUACGUCACUCAUCUCUAUGUUUAAUGUUAAAGAUAUUCUUCAAGAUCUCAAAUUUGUAACUGUAGAGCAAAAAAAAACUGAGGGAGCAGUUCGCGAGAAUGAAGUACUUUUGCAAAGAAGAAAAGGUCAAACUGGCGAUCAAAUACCAACGAAUGCCACUACAAUAACGGUGCCAUAUCGAGUUGUAGACAAUCCUGGAAGAUUAUCAGCAGCAGAAUGGGACCGUGUUGUGGCGGUAUUCGUGCAGGGACCUGCCUGGCAGUUUAAAGGAUGGCCGUGGGACGGAAAUCCAGUUCAAAUCUUUGAUAAUAUCUGUGCCUUCCACUUAAAGUAUGAUGAGAUGAAGCUAGACGCGAACGUGGCGCGUUGGGCGGUCACUCUUCUCCAAUUGAGUCGGACGAAGCGGCAUUUGGAUCGCGCCGUGUUACUCGGAUUCUGGGAAACUCUCGACAAACAUAUGAUGAAGAAUAAACCACAUCUUAGAUUCUAAAUUUGUUUUAAGUUUCUUAACUUAAUAGUUUAUUAAAAUAAUGUGAAUGUGAAAUGGCCUUCACAGUUAGUGAAUUUGAAUUGCCUAUACCAUUUAAUGUAUGAUUUGGCAAUCAAAGGUAUAUUUUUGUACUUGUUACUACCAUUGUUAAUAUAUCUCAAAAUAGUAUCUAUUACCGUUUUUGUUGUUCGAAAUUACUUUUUAAUGUUUGAAAUUCGCCCAAUUAUUAUGAAUUAUUCAUUAAAUUGAACUUUAUAAUUAUUGUAAAUAAAAUAAGCAUACAACAAUAUUGCCACCUUAUUGCGCUAGUUCGGAAUGCUCUGUAAAUUUAUUGAAUUUGAACUGUUAAAUAUACAAAUAUUUAAUGCAGGGCCAUGUGUUUGUUGUCGGACAAUAAUGAUUAAUGAAAUUCAAGUUUCUCUAAAGUUAUGUGACGAUUUUUUUUUGUUCUGAUUAGGCUUUAAUUACCAGAGUCCAUAUCUAAUAGUAUUAAUAACAUCGUGGCCUAUGUAUGGAGUAGGAAAUUUUGACUUUGUGUCGUUAUGACGUCAUCGUGACCUUUUUUGAGUGCUAACAAUAUUUUAAAUCCCAGAAAAAAAAAUUGUUUCAUUUUCUUGUAUUUUCUAGAUUGAGAGUUAUCAAUUUUGAACACGUCAACCCAAAGGCGCCAUACUUGAUUUAUUUUCUAGCAACGAAAUAUGCCACGACACUUCAAACAUACCGGAGUAUUCAUAGAUGACUCCUGCGAUGACAUGAAAUAGUUUUGUAGGGGCUAUAAGAAAUUAUCAUAAGGAACUAAAAGAAUGACAAAUAUCAAUGUAUACAGAUAUAAGGAUAUAAAUACAUGAGUAUGUUUUGUAAAGGUUUGUUUGUUCUUGUCUGAAUGUUUAAAAUCAAUAAAAUGUAUCGGUGGCCCUCAAAGUGUGCCACAGCACUCGUGUGUCGCCAA